AUGUCGAAUGCAUCAUCAUCCACUCAUGUUUAUGAAGAAAUCAACUCUUCAUCAUCAUCCAUGCAAGAGACUUUCGUCUCUCACAAUUCCACUGGUGCUGUCUCCACCACCAUCCAUGGAGGAGAUAUAGUUGAGCCUGAUCCUUCUACUCGUAAUGUGAUGGAGCUCCGAAAUAUGGAUGAUGAUACAUAUUUGGUGCCUUCAGCAGAUCUUCCUAUUGCCGGUCAAUCAUCUGAUAUACAACAGCAAAUGAUAGAAUUGAAGAAGCUCGUACGAGUGCAAUCGGAUGCAGCAAAAGCGGCAACAGAAGCAGCAAAAGCGGCAACAGAAGCUAUGAAGGUGGCCAUGGAGGCGGAAAUAAACUUGAAUAUUGGUAAAUAUGGUGCAUUUUGUAAUAGUGAUAGUGAUUGUGAUCGACAUCAAAAAUGUUCAAGUAAACUUUGUCUUUGUAAUCCAGAUGAAAGACGUUUUUGGACAGGAACAACUUGUGCUAUAUGUGCAAGAGAAUAUACUGUAAUAAAAGAUAGAUGUUAUAAAUAUUUUAAUGAAUUAAAAACAUGGGAAGCAUCUAGAAUUCAUUGUCGUGCUCAAUAUGCUGAUUUAUUUACAUGCCGUGAUAAUCAUGAUGAACAAUUUAUUAGACCUGUUAUAUUUAAUUAG